AUGGGUUUCAAGAAUGCUCUCCUCGCUGCUGCUGCUGCUGCUGUAGCGCCUACUGUAUAUGCACAAGGUGCAGCUUACGCACAAUGUGGUGGUCAAGGUUGGACUGGCGCAACAACUUGCGUUUCGGGAUAUACCUGUGUUUUUGGCAAUCAAUAUUAUUCUCAAUGUUUACCAGGCGCUGCGGUCACGACAACAGCAACUUCAGCUCCCACCGCAACGACUCCCACCACAAUCAUCACAUCUACCACCAAAGCUACCACGACCACAAGUGGCAGCAGUGCAACAACAACAGCAGCAGUUGCUGGUAAUCCAUUCGCAGGAAAAGCACUUUAUGCGAAUCCAUACUAUGCUUCUGAAAUCUCUACGACUGCUAUUCCUUCACUCACUGGAGCCAUGGCUACUAAAGCCGCUGCGGUAGCAAAGGUUCCCACCUUUUAUUGGCUUGACACCGCAGCUAAAGUUCCAUUGAUGGGAACUUACCUUGCCAAUAUUCGGGCCUUGAACAAAGCAGGAGCAAACCCCCCUGUUGCAGGCACUUUCGUAGUCUACGACUUGCCAGACAGAGAUUGUGCCGCUGCUGCUUCGAACGGAGAAUAUAGCAUUGCAGACGGUGGUGUAGUAAAGUACAAAGCUUAUAUCGAUUCCAUCGUUGCUCUUCUGAAAACCUACUCUGAUGUUAGCGUUAUCCUCGUCAUUGAACCUGACUCGUUGGCCAAUCUCGUCACCAACUUGUCAGUCGCAAAAUGUUCCAAUGCGCAAGCAGCCUAUCUAGAAUCCACCGAGUAUGCCAUCGCACAAUUGAAUCUUCCAAACGUCGCUAUGUACUUGGAUGCUGGUCAUGCUGGUUGGUUAGGAUGGCCUGCAAACAUCGGACCAGCUGCACAGCUCUUCGGUCAAGUCUACAAAGCAGCUGGAAGCCCAGCUGCAGUUAGAGGUCUUGCAACUAAUGUUGCAAACUACAAUGCUUGGACUAGCACCAGUUGCCCUUCCUACACCUCUGGCGACUCCAACUGUAACGAGAAAUUGUACAUUAAUGCUCUCGCUCCACUUUUGACCGCUCAAGGUUUCCCAGCUCACUUCAUUACUGAUACUAGUCGCAAUGGUGUUCAACCAACCGCCCAACUCGCCUGGGGUGACUGGUGCAAUCUCAUCGGUACCGGAUUCGGUGUUCGACCAACCACAAACACAGGAGAUGCAUUGGAAGACGCAUUUGUCUGGAUCAAGCCCGGUGGAGAAGGCGACGGAACUUCAAACACUAGCGCUGCACGUUACGAUUUCCACUGCGGACUCGCAGAUGCGCUUCAACCAGCUCCAGAGGCGGAUGAAGUUCUCAACUCCCCUAUACACAAUCGUUCCAUUCGUGUCUACCGCCGCUGCACAAGGCGCCGCGUACGCACAGUGUGGUGGUACGGGAUGGUCUGGCUCUACGACAUGUGCGUCGGGUUAUCAACUUUAACAACAGUUACAAGUGCAACAGCGAGUACUGGUACGAAAACUAGUACAGCCGCAACACCAAGUUCGACGGGAAAGACAAAGUAUAUCGGUACCAAUAUCGCCGGAUUCGAUUUCGGCUGCACAACAGACGGUACAUGUUUAACCAACAAAGUCUACCCAGCUCUCAGCAGCCUCAACAAUGGCCCCGACGGCCUAGGUCAAAUGGCUCACUUCGUCUCCAAAACUGGUCAUAAUAUUUUCCGUCUCCCCGUUGGCUGGCAAUACCUUGUGAACAACAGUCUCGGGGGAACACUCGACAGCUCCAAUCUUGCAACCUAUGAUCAGCUGGUCCAGGGAUGCUUAGCAACGGGUGCUACCUGCAUAAUUGAUAUCCAUAACUAUGCGAGGUGGAAUGGAGGGAUCAUUGGACAGGGAGGACCGACGGAUGCGCAGUUCGCGAGUCUGUGGACUCAGUUGGCGGCGAAGUAUAAGUCGAAUACGAAGGUCGUUUUUGGAUUGAUGAACGAACCACAUGAUUUGAAUAGCAUAACCACCUGGGCAGCAACGCUUCAAACAGUUGUUACUGCUAUUCGUCAAGCGGGCGCAACAUCUACCAUGCUUCUACUUCCUGGUAGUGACUACGCAUCCGCAGGCGCUUUCAUCACCGACGGUAGCGCCGCCGCUCUCUCCAAAAUUACCAAUCCUGAUGGCACUUUCACCAAUCUAAUCUUUGACGUACACAAAUAUCUCGACUCCGAUAAUUCUGGAACCCACGCCGAGUGCGUAACCAACAAUAUCGAUACUGCAUUUGCACCACUAGCAACUUGGCUACGGGCCAAUGGGAGACAAGCUAUAUUGAGCGAGACAGGCGGUGGAAAUACCGCAAGUUGUCAGACGUACUUGUGUCAACAGGUUGCUUAUUUGAAUGCGAACUCGGAUGUCUAUUUGGGAUACAUUGGAUGGUCUGCUGGAAGCUUCGAUUCAACUUACAUAUUGACGGAAACGCCUAAUGGAAGUGGAUCUUCUAUGACUGACCAAGCGCUCGUUGCGGCUUGUCUUACUCGAAAAUAG